ACGCCGGUCGGGCCUCGUCGGCCGCGCCGCCCCUUAAUCUGCUCGUCGGAGAGGGGGGAGAUGAGGUUGAGGCCGGCGAGAGGGGAGAGGCGGUGAUGGUUGUGAGGUCGCUAGCCGCUGCUCAACCUGGUGCCGGUCGCCGCUGCUCAGCCCGUUGCUGCUGCCGCUCGGCCCGGUCACCGCUCCCUGCAGCGUUUGCUUUGCGAUGGCCCGGUGGGGAAAGGAGUAGAAGAGAGAGAGAGUGGGUGGGGAGAUGAAAAGUGAAAAGUUAGUAUCGGUGGGACCCACACUACAAGUAACUGCACUGUGGAGCAUAUAGUUUAUACCGUUCUUGUCUACAUGGUAUGCGAAGAACGCUAAAAUUUAGUGACGCACUCUGAAUGGCCUCACACGAACAAAGACCAAGCUCAUAUAAACAGCAACGAACAUGGGCCAGAAUCUGGCCCGAAACGUUGAAUCCUUCAGCGACUGAGCCCGUAAGCCAGCCCAUUAAUCACCAUCCCCAAAACCCUAACCCUCCAACCAGAAUUCUCCAGAGCUUCGCUCAGCUCCUCUCCCCUUCUCCCUCUCCCUCUCCAGGCGCUGCUGCUCCGCGAACCCUAGCCAUGGCGCGAGUCCACCACAAGAACGGUCGCGGCGGCGGCGGUGGCGGCGGCGGUGGCAAGGGCAAGGGCAAAGGCAAGUGGAAGAUGCCGGCGUCGGUGGCGCGGAAGCAGCAGGCAGCGAUGGCGAACGUGGACCAGGUCACUGGCGACAAGAUCCCCAAGAGCUUCGUCUUCUCCCGCGGCAAGCUGCCCUCCACGCUCCGCCAUCUCCAGCAGGAUCUCCGCAAGGUCAUGCUCCCCUACACCGCCCUGAAUCUCAAGGAGAAGAAACGGAACAACCUCAAGGAUUUCGUCAACGUCUCCGGCCCGUUGGGCGUGACGCAUUUCUUCAUCCUCACGAACCCCAAGAGCUCGCCGCACUUGCGCAUGGCGAAGACGCCGCAGGGUCCUACCUACACAUUUCAGAUAAAGGAGUAUGCUCUCGCCGCCGACAUUGCGAACUCACAGAAGCGACCGAGGUGUCCCCCAGAGAUAUUCAAGAAUUCACCUCUGACUGUACUCAGUGGCUUUGGCGGUCUUGGCGAGCCUUUCAAGAGUUUGGUCGAAUAUUUUCGGCAUAUGACCCCUGCUAUUGAUCCAGUCACUGUUAAGCUGUCAACCUGUCAAAGGAUUCUGUUGAUACAUUUCGACAGAGAAAAGGAAAUGAUCAAUUUCAGGCAUUACUCCAUCAAGCUCCAGCCUGUUGGGGUCACCCGCAAGAUUAGAAAGCUCAUGCAGAACAACCAAGUGCCAGACCUAAGGGACCUGAACGACGUUAGCGAUUAUGUGACAAAAGCUGGAUACGGAUCAGAAAGUGAAGUGGAUGAUGAAGCAGCAACUGUAAGUCUAGCCAGUGAUGUUGACAAAUUAAACCGAGCAUCCAGAAAAAGCGCCAUCAGACUCCAGGAGAUCGGACCAAGGAUGAAACUGCACUUGGUUAAAGUUGAAGCCGGGCUAUGUUCAGGAGAUGUGCUAUACCCUCAACCUGGCAAAGAAGGGUUGGGGAAGAAGGGAAAAGAAGUCGAGGAAGAGACAGAAGGACAAGAAGAUGAGGACUUAAUGGAGUCGGAUGAUGACCCCGAGGAUGAAUCAGAGGAGUAAUCUGGAAGGAAUUAAGGAAGCAAUGAAGCACUAGGCGACCAACCUACGGGGAUCUCCAACAAUGUGAAGCCUCCACUGUCUUGCAACACUAUUAAGCGCUUGGUUUAUCCUUGUGGCAACACAGCUGAAGGAGAGGAUGCAAAAGAUAACCCUGUGUAUGUUUUCUUCGGGUAAAACAAUAGGCCUUUAGAGAUGUAACAUGCUUUCGUUCAUCCCAAUUUUGUGAUAUGGUCUGCAGAUUAAGCAUAGCGUACAGAUCACAAGAGUUACUAACUACUGUUGUGAGAAUGAACAUAAUUUGGCCGUGAUGUGUUUCAGGGUCCCAGUAAGAUGACCAAAGUUCUUUUUUGCCAACUGUGCUGUAUUACA